AAGCAUAACCGUGUCGUGGGUAAACAUCAAAGUAGCAAUGUGAUAUUACUUUUCACCAAAGGGCUAAUUUACACAGGUCUAAAAUGACAAACACUGGCAGAUCCUACCUGUUUAUGUAGAUCUACAAAUGACUUAUCACUUUUAAGCAUAUUUUAUUUUUAUGCAUUAUAUAUCUGCAGGCACAUCAUUUUUGGCAAGUCCAAAUUUUAAAUUCAAGAUAUUUGUAAUUUACCUAAAUUAAAGACAGGGUUACAGCAACUAGUCAGAAUGGCAAAAGUAGUUUUGACUAUUCAAACAGCACCAAGAUAGAAUUAAUUCAACAAGUAGUUUUUUAUUUUCAGGCUAUUGACAGAAUCUUAAUUGCUUUACUGCUAAAAUAAAUUGUGUACUUUUACUUUUACUGCUAUAGUCAUUUUCUGGUAAGAUACUCAAGUAUGCCUUAAGACUUCUACAAACCACACACCUGCUCCUACAGUUGGGACGCACUAAGUGCUUUUCACCACUAGGUGGAGUGCUGCCACUUUUUUCCUCACAUCAACUCCUACACAAACAUAAACUUUGCACAAAUAACUACCGUUUCAGGACAAAACCCUGUUGUUUAGUGGGACGUUACUUACAUGUAGUGACUUAGCGUGUCUGUGAACCGUUACUAAAGACAACAAAGGGCAGGGCGUGUGGGUGUGUGGGUGUGAGGGUUCAUAUAAAGCGACGCGCCUCCUGUCUGAAACUUGGACCAAACUUUUCCCAUGUGAUUCCCAGUGUUGGAAGUAACUUGAGCUUCAGUGUGACACGCAUCCUCCACAAUCAUGAUUCCACCUGAUCAACAGGUUUCACACACGUUUAAUUGCUUUGACAUUUAUGUGCAUUGGAUUACUCUUUGGCUCACAAGUGAAGAAAUGGAAUUAGUGUCUGUCCGGAGUCGCUUCUGGAAGAAAGGCUGAUCAGCUUCACUGAUGAACCAAAGCGGGACGCGGCAGCUGAUUGUUAUGGGUGAAACAUCCCCUACAGCGAGGAAUACAAAUAACUGGAAGGCUCUUUAAGAAGGCGACUGGAGACUUGGGAGAUUGGCAGAACCUAUUAAGAAGAAGUCUGUAAGAGCAUAUCCGGACACAGCUACUUCCAAGAAUGAGGAUCAAAUACACAAUAUCCAUUGUCUUUUUUGUGGCACUUGUUAUCAUUGAGAAGGAAAACAACAUUAUCUCAAGGGUGUCAGAUAAGAUGACCUUAAAGGAGACACCUCAGACUCUACUACAGCAAAAUGGCUUCUCCCGCAUAGUGCUAAAGGACAAUGUUUCAUUUUCUUCACUCAGCAAGAUGGACUCAGCCCUGACAAUGCGGCGUCUGGAGAACUACAGCAAGCACCAGGAAGUGACACCAAGAGGCAAGAAACACAUCCUCUUGUUAGCCGCCACAAGGACAGGUUCUUCGUUUGUGGGAGAGUUUUUCAACCAGCAGGGCGACAACAUGUUUUUCUUGUUUGAGCCACUGUGGCACGUGGAAAAGAUGCUCACACUGGACACUGGAGGUACUAACGCCACAGCGUCAGCCAAGGCGUUCCGGGAUGUGCUCCAUCAGCUCUUACUGUGCGACUUCUCCUUCCUGGAGAGUUUCAUCCAACCCCUCCCUGUGGACCAUAUUACCACCACCCUCUUCCGCAGGGAGUCCAGCAGCUCUUUGUGUGACGAGGCGGUCUGCAGCCCCUUCAUCAAAGGGGUUUUUGAGCGCUAUCACUGCAGAACCAGAAGGUGUGGGCCACUUAACCUCACCAUGGCGUCCCAGUCCUGCCUCAAGAAAGAACACAUAGCCAUCAAGUCAGUGAGGGUGCGCCAGCUUGAUACCCUUCGACCUCUUACUGAGGACCCGCGUCUUGAUGUGAGGUUCAUUCAAUUGGUUCGGGAUCCUCGGGCUGUACUGGCCUCGCGCAUGGUGGCCUUUGCUGACAUGUACAAAAACUGGAAGCAGUGGGCCACAGAUGGGGAUGAAACCAUUGAUGAGGAUAAGGUGAGGAAGCUGAAAGGGAACUGUGACAACAUCAGGAUGUCUGCAGAGGUUGGCCUAAGUCAGCCACCGUGGCUGCGUCAACGUUACAUGCUAGUGCGGUACGAGGACAUAGCUCGGUUUCCCAUGAGGAAGGCAUCAGAGAUGUUUGGGUUCACUGGAAUCCCGUUCACUCGAAAAGUGAGACACUGGAUCUUAAGGAACACUCAGGCGUCCAAAGAGGCAGGAGGCAUUUACUCCACACAGAAAAAGUCUUCAGAACAAGUAGAGAAAUGGAGGUUUAGUUUACCUUUCAAAAUAGCCCAGGUCGUACAGGAUGCUUGUGGACCAACACUGAAACUUUUUGGUUACAAAUUUGUGAACAGUGAAGAAAUGCUGACAAAUAAGUCUAUUAGUUUGAUUGAGGACAAAGUGUUCAACUUUUCAUAGACUAAGGAACAUGCACUCCUGAUGCCGGAAAACCAACAGUUCUGAAAACUCUUGAAUUACUGAUAUUUAUUAGGGUCUUUUAACCUGAUACAAAGAGCUCUGUUUUCCUACUUUACUCCUAAAUAGAGCUCUAUUUUCACACUUUGUCAGUGUGUUAUUUAAAGUGAUUUCUCACUGGUUUAAAUAGUAAUGGCAAAGACAAUGUUUGUUUGAACUAUUAAAGCAAGAAUUUUAAAUGUUGACAUGGGUAUGAUGAAAACAGAGAGCCAGAGUAUCUAUCUGUUCUUUGCACUCCGAGUGACUUUCUCUGUCUUAUGCAGUGUCAUUGGCUUGAGCUAAUUUUAUUCCUAAGGUAGUAAUGCAAACUGUUUAUACACCAAAAAAAACUUGAAAUGACUUGGAAU